AUGGAGGGGCUGUACGCGCUGGGGGUGAGCGUGUACUCUGACCAGGGCGGCAGGAAAUACAUGGAGGACGUGACCCAGAUCGUGGUGGAGCCCGAGCCGCCGGCCGAGGCGGAGCGCGGCCCCCCGCACAAAGGCGGAGCGGCGCCCGGGGGCCCGCGCGCCGCAGAGCCCCUCGCCGAGAGCGGCCGGCGCAGGGGAGGGAGCCCGCGGGCGCCGGAGGAGGGAGCGCUGCCGCCCGGCCCCGGCUCCGGCCGGCGCCCGCGCCGCUCCGUGGCCUUCUUCGCCGUGUGCGACGGGCACGGCGGCCGGGAGGCGGCCCAGUUCGCCCGGGAGAACCUGUGGGGCUUCAUCAAGAAGCAGAAGGGCUUCGGCUCGGCGGAGCCGGCCGAGGUCUGCGCGGCCCUGCGCAAGGGCUUCAUCGCUUGCCACCGGGCCAUGUGGAAGAAGCUGCCAGAGUGGCCAAAGACCAUGACAGGUCUCCCAAGCACAUCGGGAACUACUGCCAGUGUGGUAAUUAUCCGCGGGUCAAAGAUGUAUGUUGCUCAUGUUGGUGAUUCAGGAGUGGUGCUGGGAGUCCAGGAUGACCCCAAAGAUGACUUUGUGAGAGCUGUGGAGGUGACACAGGACCACAAGCCGGAACUUCCCAAAGAAAGGGAGAGAAUUGAAGGCCUUGGGGGCAGUGUGAUCAACAAGUCUGGUGUGAAUCGUGUCGUUUGGAAGAGACCUCGUCUGACUCAUAAUGGCCCUGUGCGCCGCAGCACUGUCAUUGACCAGAUUCCGUUCCUGGCAGUUGCUAGAGCACUUGGUGAUCUUUGGAGCUACGACUUCUACAGUGGUGAAUUUGUUGUGUCUCCUGAACCUGACACUAGUGUGCACACAAUUGAUCCCCAGAAGCACAAAUACAUUAUCCUUGGCAGUGAUGGACUGUGGAACAUGAUCCCACCUCAAGAUGCUAUCUCCAUGUGCCAGGAUCACGAGGAGAAAAAAUACUUCAUGGGAGAGCACCGACAGUCUUGUGCCAAAAUGCUGGUGAACAGAGCACUAGGCCGGUGGAGGCAGCGCAUGCUUCGUGCAGAUAACACCAGUGCCAUCGUCAUCUGCAUCUCGCCGCUGCAGGAUGGCAAAAGCAACUUGGAAAAUGAAGAGGAAUUGUAUCUCAACUUGGCAGAGAGCCCCUGCUAUAGCAGCCCUGAUACGAAUGUCAUGACGCCCUCCCGCUGCUGUACCCCGCCUGUCAAGCUUUUAGAAGAUGAUCCAUGGCCACGACUGAAUGCUUCUGAGCCUAUUCCUCCCCUCACGCAUAGCAACAUGAUCUCAGAAAAAUAUUUAGAGCUGCCAAAUGAGAUUGCCAAAAGCAAUUUACCUUCCUCAGGAGCAACCCUGAAAGAUUCAGGCCUGCAGGAGGAGAAGUGCAGCAAAGCGUUGGCUUUGAGGAUACAUGAAUCCUACAAUAAUGGUUUGUCAGUCAGUCUCUCCCCUUCCAACUCCACAAAUUCAGGCACGGACCAAAAAGGCUUCAAGGUGUCUCCUAAUGGCCAAACAAAAGCCCAAGAUGCAGAGAGGACACCCACAGCAAACUUUAAAAGGACACUGGAAGAAUCCAACUCUGGCCCAGCUAUGAAGAAGCCAAGACGUGGCCUGAGUCGAAACAUUGGUGUCCAACCAGAAGGAAUGCCCACAACUCCACAGCGCAAAAACUCAAACAAGCUGACCAUGCGCCGUAGCCUGCGGGGCCAGAAGAAGCUCAGCAACUCGCUCUUCCACCCGCCCCGGAAAGCAGUCUGCGUUUGCUGAAGGGCGUUUGUGUAAGGCAGUGUAUUUUGGUCUGAUUAGAAUUUUAAAGUUGGUGCAGAAGUCUGAAACUCUUCCUGUUUAUCUUUUUUUAAAGUAGAAACUUCUUUUGGUAUCAAACAGCUUUAUCCCAGCCUUGUACUUGCUUGUAUUAUAACUGUGAAUUUUGUAGAUGUGUAGGGUAUAAGUCACUGUAAAAUGUGUGUAAAUUUGUAUUCCUUCAUAUAAAUGUAGUCUCUUUUCUUCCUUGUAUAAUUGUUACAGCGGGGCUAAACCUUGUUUUAAAAAAAAAAAAAUCCUUUUUGUUAAUUUACUAAAGUCAUGAAUUUGUAUACGCUUCUUGUGAUGAGAAUUUCACAACUUUUUAACUAAAGUAAAUUAUUAAACAGAAUGGAAGAUAUGUAUUUUCGUAGUACUAUACGUUCCACCUAAAGUGUGUCUUUUAGAGAAUACACCAGGUCUAUAUUUUGUUUUUAAAUUUUAGAUUUCUCUACUCAGAAAUGAAAUGUACGUGGAAGCAGAGAUGUUGAGUCUUGCUUUACACAGCUCAGUGUCGAUUUCUUUACGUUAAUUAAAAUACUAUGCAGUAUCUUAUUUAGUUGUAUUUUUUGUAACAUUAAUCGUCAAAGUAUUUAGCAAAAAAGUGUGUGUUUUCAAAUCUCCAACUCCCAAAAGCGUCGUAUAAAGCCAUUCCCAUCCCCUGUUACAAAAGAUGGCAUUUUUAUCCAGGCGUAGCUGUGUGCCCUAUGGAGGCAUGAAUUUUCUGCUAUUCCAAUACUGAUGGUGCUGCUAAUAACUUGCAACAAAAGUUCUUAAAUUAUUUUAUGACUAUUUUCAUUGAGUAUGUGGACCAUGUGUAUGUUCACCUAAAUAAAACACGUGAAAAUUUGA